CUUAUCAGAGGCAGAGUAUAUGUCUUCCAUACCAAGCUUUAUAAGUGAGUGGAUCAACAUGACAGCCGACUCGUCAACAUCCGGGAAAACAGUCCCACAUGGUCUCGGUGAGCUCCCUCUCCUGGUAGAGGUCGAAGCCAAAACCAAUGAGGGGUGGAUCUUUCCUGGCUUUGGAUCCGCACAGACGGAUGACGAUGAAGGUGUCUUAUAUGGUGGCGUGGUGUUUAUAUAUGACGACAAAGUUAUAAAUAUAUCUGUCCCAAAAAAGAACAACUUUGCGGGAAGCAUGGAUUGGACAGCGUUGUAUACAGGUUUUAUUAUUUUAAUUCUUGUUUUCAAAAUAUGUGCCACUUUUCAACUUUUGGGCUUGGGUGCUGUUCGUUAUCUCGGAAAUCAAGAGAAGUGGAUUGGGCCUGCUCAGAUAGGAAGAACUUACAUUUCCGUUCUGGUUCGAGCAAAAGCCUGGCGAUCUCUUGACUUUCCUUCGCCUUCUUUUGAGAGUGAGACAUUUACCGUAGUGGCAGGUGAAUGCGUUAAUACGACGGUGCAACAUUCAAUGGGAACAUACCCCGACCUAGUGGUGGUUCAAAUUCAGACUCCUGUAGGAACAUUUCAAGGUCAAGGUGUGUCUUCUCGGCCUAUGGCUUUUCCCUUCUUACGUUUAGGAGGACUGCUAUUUGGAUUUAACGACUCUCACGUGCAGAUGUGGUCAGCGUGCAACAUAAAUGGAAUGUUAAAACACCUAGGGUUAUUGUGCGUUUCUGACGGCUGGGGACUCAGGGCAUUUUUCAGCAACACAGGAUCUAUAACCAUAAAGGCUUGGGAUUUUGGUACAAGCAUAGAGAGAUAUAAAAUUUCAGAUCUCGACAUCAGUGCUUAUAUUUUACCAUACCCAUACACUACUACAGCAAGUCACGUUCUUUCUGUUCAGAUGGAAGUGCGGGACGGUCCUAACAAAAAUUUUCGGUUUGACGGUGUGGGUUCUGUAAUGACCGAGUCUGCUCUUUAUGGAGGACUGGUUUAUGGAUAUAAUGAUACAUCAGUGGCUUUCUGGAUUCCCCACCCAUACAGGAGAAGAAUGAAGGAAGCUGCAAUAUCUAUGAUGGGGGAAAUGUGGGGAUGGGGCUAUAGGAAACAAAUCACUGACAAUGUGGAUAUCUUAAUCAGCGUUCACGAUAUAGCGGGUUAG